AUGGCUGCGGCGGCAGGGGCAGCUGUGGCGGCGGCGACGGCCGAGCCGGACGACGGGCCUCUCUUGCCAGGCUCUCCCGUGGGGCGACGGGCCGUCUGCUCCCGGCCCUACUUCGUCGUGCUGAUGGUGUUCGCGCAUCUCUACGUGAUCAACGUGCUGGGCUUGCUGCUCUUCGUGCACAUCAGCUCCGACGAUGGCGGGGAACGGGAGCCGAGGAAAGAGGCUCCUGGCCCCGUCCAGGAUGCGCCCCCCGUCCUGCCCGUUUCUUCAGGCCACUUCGACCCUCAGGCUCUGCCUCGCCUGCAGGGCAUUAAGGUGGGUCAUAAACAGAAGUUGCAACUGGUUCCUAACAAAAUCCAUGUUAUGAAAACUCUCAGCUUGAAACCCCUUCUUUUUGAAAUCCCAGAUUUCCUGAGUGAAGAUGAAUGUAAAUUAAUUAUACAUUUGGCUCAGCUGAAAGGUCUGCAGAAAAGCCAGAUAUUGCCCACGGAAGAUUACGAAGAAGCUAUGGAAAUGAUAGAUAUCAGCCAGAUGGAUAUCUUUAAUCUGCUAGAUCACAACCAGGAUGGGCAGUUGCAACUUAAGGAGGUGCUGACACAUACCCGCCUAGGAAAUGGUAGGUGGAUGACACCUGAGAGCAUCCGGGAGAUGUAUGCCGCAGUCAAAGCAGAUCCAGAUGGCAAUGGUGUUUUGACUUUGGAGGAAUUUAAACAAUUGAACAUUCGAGACUUCCAUAAAUACAUGGGUAGCCAAAAAGUGAAAAUGAGCGAUCUGGUGCGGAACAGCCAACAUACAUGGCUGUACCAAGGUGAGGGGGCACAUCAGGUCAUGCGCUCCAUACGGCAAAGGGUAAUUAACUUAACCCAUCUGCCGCCAGAGAUUGUGGAGCAGAGUGAACCGAUGCAGGUAGUACGCUAUGACCAGGGAGGGCAUUACCAUGCUCAUAUGGAUAGCGGACCAGUGUUUCCUGAAACUGCCUGUAGUCACACCAAACUGAUUGCCAAUGAAAGUGCUCCUUUUGAGACAUCUUGCCGCUAUGUGACAGUACUGUUCUACCUAAAUAAUGUGACGGGAGGAGGUGAAACCACUUUUCCUAUUGCAGAUAACAGAACUUACGAAGAAUUGUCUCUAAUCCAGAACGACGUUGAUCUACGUGAUACUCGAAAGCACUGUGAUAAGGGAAAUCUACGUGUAAAACCUCUGCAAGGCACUGCUGUUUUCUGGUAUAAUUACCUGCCCGAUGGGGAAGGCUGGGUUGGUGAUGUCGAUGAAUACUCUUUACAUGGAGGCUGUUUGGUGACUGAAGGAACCAAGUGGAUCGCCAACAAUUGGAUUAAUGUUGAUCCCAAUAAGAGGCGACAGCUCCAGUUCCAGGAGGAAAUGGCUCGAUACACCAACAGUGAAAACGAGGACCAAAGCGAAUGGACUGUGGACAAAUCCUACAGCAAUGUCCAUGUAGAGCUGUAAUGUUUGGAGAUGCCUCUUGGUUGACUUGAAAGCACCUUUUUUGCACUAGCCAUUUUCAGCUCUUCUAUUCUCCCACAUUUCCCAAUUAUUGUGUUUCUUCAGAGAAUGUAGGGUUGCCUAUCUAGGUAGAUUGGAGAAAGGAGAAGCAGGGCACCUAAUGCAAUCUGAGGGGAAAAGGACUAUUUGGAAAGAAGGGACAGUAGCUGAGGGCAUAUUUUGAUUUAAUGGAUGGCUUUGCUUAAGGAGAUUUUGAGUCUGUCCGUGAAUCUCCCGUGACAUAUGCAAUCCACCUUUCAGGUUCCUUAUCAUCCUGGUUUGUUCUGCUGGAUGCAGUUUUCCUUUAGCUGGCUUUGUAACUAUAAUCUUGUAAUCUGCCCUUCUUUCCAUCUCUCAGUUUCUCGGACUUUUCAGGCAACUGAUACAGCUUACAUAAGGCUAGUAAAACCCACAUCAACAAAGCGAUUGCUGCAUAUUCUAGGUUGCUCUGUAGAGAGUAAAAGGGCUACUCUUAGCCUGCAUUGGGAACACAUCAGUAAAAUGGUAUAGAGGUUAAGAUGCUGGAUGAAGACCAAGGAAACCCAUGGUUCAGGUUCACCCUCUGCCUUGGAAGCUGAUUGGGUGAUUUUGGCAUCAAUUUCUCUCAGCCCAACCCCCCCUCUAUGAGUGGCUGUUGUGGGGAUAAAAUGAAGAGAGAUCUGACUUGGGUUUUUGUGCAAGUGGGGGGGAAUCAUUCUAACCAGUACCAUUUGACAGCACAAAGUAUAUGUAUUAAGAAGUAAGCAAACGCCCAAGUGCAGGUGUAGACGAUUGCAGGCUUCAAUCCAGAGUUAUGCAAAGGGGUCAUGGGCAUGUUUCUGUGAAAAAGAGCAUGCAGGCCUAAAAGUACUAGAGGCCUUCCAUGGGACGGUGGAUGCUGAUCAUGGUAAUUUUUCUCAGGGUUGGACAUAGUUCUGAAUUACUAUUCGGAAAUAUUUAUACCAAUAAUUUUCAGGGAAGUAAUGGAACAGUUAAUAUGUGCAAUUGGAACGUGUGUUGUAUGUGCUGCAGUUGUGAUUUCAGCCAUUUGUGUGUUUGAGAAAUUGUUUACCUACGAGAAACCUUUUGUUCUGUUUAGGUUUUUUUUAUUGGAGCCAGUGGCAUAAUAAUAUUCCUCCUAGAAGAUAAAUACGUAUUUAGAUAUGCAGUGUGGAACCAGCAAGGUUCUCAGUUAUUUUUAAAAAGGUGUUCUGCAGGAUUAGGCUUAAGGUGUGCGCAGAUCAUAUAGUUUAGGCCUAAUUAUAUUGUUUCUCGUGAAAUGAAUAGCACUUUCCCACUCUUCCUCUGAAGUCAGUGAGAUACUGUCUCUGAAUGAGGGGCUAGAUAUAGCAGUCAAGGGUAAGAGCAUCUGGUAGUAGACCACUCCGAAAUGAAUUUAGCUCCUUU